AUGUUAAGUUUAAGAUCUCAAAUUUUAAAUCGUAAAAAUGAUAAUUUCUUUGGAAUUGCAGUAACUACACGAUUACCCAAUCUUACUAGUAAAGAAAACGAUGUAUUUAAAUCUGAUGCUCUACAUACUUACAAACGUGCAUUAGAAUACCUUGAAAAAUUGUUUGAUUAUGAAAAUUCUCCAUUCAAAAUGUUUUCGUGUUUGAAAUUAAGUGAAUUACCUAAAUUAACAGAUUUACUCAACCUAGCCAAAUUAAUUAAGGAUCAUAUCAAUGGAGAUGAACUGUAUGAAGAGCUUAAUUUGAUAAAGUUAUUACCAAAUGAUAUCCUAAAUAACACAGAAUUUACUAGUUCGGAAAAAUGGGUAACAUUUUUCCAAUCAUCUACUGCACAAUUAAAAAAUAUUAAACAAAUUGUACAGUAUGUAUUCUCGGUGCCGUGUAGCAAUGCAUUUGUUGAACGCGUUUUUAGCCACAUGAAUAGUUUGUGGACAGACGAGCGCAAUCGAUUAGGAAUUGAUACAGUUAAAGCCGAACUAGUCAUAAGAAAUAACAUAACAUUCAAUUGUUCAGAAUUUUUUGAUCAAAUACAAAAUGAAAAACAUUUAUUAAACGCCGUGAAAAAUGCCGCUAAAUAUAAAUUUAAAAGUUUACAAUAG